CUGUGUGUUUCCUGUUGCAUAAGCUCUUUCCUGUUUUUCUCCUCGACUCUCACAUUCCAAAGGAAUUAAUCCUCGGUGGAUCAGCAACGUCUUGUCAAUCUGUGCCUCUGCUCCACUCUCUCAGUAGAAACAAAGACAGCAAAUCAGUCCAACUGACUGCUUGUACAGCAUUCCAGUACAGAGAGUGUGUUUAGAGUUUGUGUGUAAGAUGGCAACACUGUUUUUGGUUGUGCUGUUCGGCUGUGUGUGGAGCGCUGGUGGUCAGGCGGAGCUGAAUAAACUCUCCGAUGGCUAUAAGGCUGGAGCAGAGCUGGCGGUGGAGCAGGUGAACACACACUCAGGUGUGCUGCAGCACUUCCUGUUCUUCAGAAGCCUCCAGAAAUCAGAAGUGGACGGUGGAUUCGGAGUGAAAUACCUGUCUCAUCACUUUUACCUGAAGGCCACUCAAUGCGCUAAAGGAACUGCAGCCGCAGAAUCAAGCAAGUGCGCAUUCAGAAACGGCAAACCUCUGAUAGAUUGCAUGACCUGCUACAAGACGUAUCUAGAUGUGAUUCAGGAAAAUCCAAAACCGUACAUCCACUGCAUCCACAAACCAGCACUCACAAAGGAAAUGAGUAAAGCAAGAAGGGAUCAUUGUGAAAAAAUGAGCUAUAGCAGCGGAUCUGUUACACUGCUUGGCGUUAUUAGGAAAACAUAAGAAGGCAUCUCUCCAUUAAUAUGGAACUUCUCACUCCAAAAGAAGUUACAGUCCCUUCAUUCCACCAUAAAUAUGUUUUUUUGUUUGUUUGUUUGUUUUUCAGUGCUGACAUUAGUUAAUUAGCUAAGCUGUGACGUCUUGUGUUUUCAAACUGAUAUUAUUUCUAGCCUAUAGACAAUAUGAUGUGUUUACUUUCAAAUUUCAAGUUCACAUUAAUAUCAACCACAUCAUAUCAACAAGACAUCACGGAUUACAGUAAAUUAAAUGCUUAACAUUAGCCUAACACUAGCUAUAGGCCACUAGCACAUAUCUUAACUGUCACUGUUGUUGUGUCUUGAACAAUAGAAGCAAAAUUUUUCUUAGCGUAAGUUUGUAACUGCUAAAAACAAAACAAAAAAACCCCCAAAAACAUUUAAACUCGGUAUUAACCUCACCUAUUUACAAGAGGAUCCUUAAAAAAUCUCUUCUCAGUUAUGGUGUUUAGCUAGCUAGCAAUGCUGGUUUCUUUGUGUCGUGUUUUUUUUUUUACUACCUUAUUUUAUUUCAUACCUUAUUUUACAGAAUGAUUUUAGCUAAAUAUCAGGCUAGCUAACUAUUUCAGCCAUGUUUAUCUACUCCAAUCACAACCCUUUAGUGUUAGUCAGCCAGCUCUUUUUAAAAAAAAAUAAUAAAAUUACUACCUAUUAGCUGGCUAGCCUUUUAUAUUUAGCUUACGUAUUUCAAUGACCACAUUUCUGUUGUAAAGCUAGAUAGAUUGCUGAAUCCCAAUCUGAAUCAAAAUGCAAGAUAUCUAUCUUUAGCAACCAUUUAGCCAAUUUUGCUUAUUAAAAACAUUAUUUUAUUUUUCUCGGAUCAUUUCAAUCUGACCCUGAGCACACAGGCUAGCUUUACGUUAUUUCUUACGUAUUAUGUCUUUUAAUAAAUGCACAUAUACAUGUUGCUAACA